UCUCUGGAGCUCCAGAGAGUUUCUUUUAUUUUUUAUUUUAGUUAUUUAUUUCAGGUAGUACUGGUUGGCAACCAGUCUACCUGCUUCGCUGGACUUAGACGGGGGACCGAACCAACCUCCUGAGGGUUAAUAGUUCGUAAUCCCAGCUGACAGGACACUGAGAUCCUGAGGUGCUGUUUCACACGCCAAUACUGUAUGUGCCCACGCCAGCAGCUAGCCGCCACCCUCUAACAGAUGGCGAAGAUAGUCAGCUACAGGCGUCACUCAGUUCUUGAUGGAGCUUCCAGUGUUGGAUUGGCAGAACUAUGCGUGCAAGAAGUGGUCACAGCUUACUCCAUGUGAAAAAGCUAAUUUUUCUCCGAACUCGGAUCUAAAGGAAAGCUUCAUGGCUUGUUGGUCACAGCUUCAGCAGGAAGACGAGGAGGUAGUGGAAAGGUUGUGCAGUGAUCUAAGUGUGGAGAAAGAACCUCGUGCUGUGCUGUUCUACAAGGAGGAGGGGAAUAAAAGGUUUGGAAGGAAGCAGUACACAGCUGCUGCAGCGUUAUAUUCCAAGGCUAUCUCACAUGCCGGCCCUGGCACAGAGGAGAUUGCAGUGUGCUUUGCCAAUCGAUCAGCAGUUCUCUUUCACCUUGGCCAUUACUCAGUUUGCUUGGAGGACAUUAAUCGCGCACAAGAGCAUGGGUAUCCUGAGCGGCUAAAGAGCAAAAUCCUUCAACGACAGACCGAGUGUUUGGAAAAGCUAAGACAAUCUGUCUCCUCCAACGCUAAAUCCUCUAGGACAGAAGGCGCUGGGCUGACUGAGGACACAGGGAAGCUUGCUAAAUUUUCAAUGAGUGACAAACUACAGGAGCUGAAGUUAAACAAAAACCUACAGCUAAGCAAUGCUUCUAGCUCUCUGUCUUUACAAUUUAGCAGUUCCAAAGGGCGCCACUUAGUGGCUUCUAAAGAUAUUGCGCAGGGAGAUCUUUUGAUAUGGGAAGAAGCUUAUGUUAGUGUAAUCAUCCCUAAUAGGAAGAAAUUGAGCGGACAAAACGCAUGGGAUGCUACAGUUAGUAACUGCGAUCUUUAUUGUCAUCAUUGCUUACAGAGGACCUUAGCAUCUCUGCCCUGUCCGCAUUGCAGUUUCUCCAGAUACUGUAGUAACAAAUGCAUGGACGAGGCCUGGGAAAAGUAUCACUAUGUGGAGUGCUCACUGGGUAGCAUUCUACUCUGCUUUGGCAUUUUCUGCCAAACGUCACUAAGGGCAGUCCUGCUGGCUGGCUACAGACAGGUGUCAGGGAUCUUAUCUCAAACAUUAAACAUCAGUGCUUUGAAGAAUGCUUCUAAUGAGCAUUAUUACAGUGACUAUACAUCUUUAAUUAACCUGCUGGCUCACAUUGAACAUCACAAAGAGGAGCGUAAGUUUCUGUACGCACUCACUAGUGCAGCGUUGUGCAAGAAGCUAUGCAUUGAUCAGCUGAGAAGGAAGGAAGUAGUGACACCUGGUGAAGACACUAUGGAUGGUCAUGCAGAACAAGACAAGAUCCUAGACUUGCAGCUAAUUGGUUCAGCAAUACUCCUGCACAUGCUUCAGCUUCACUGUAAUGCCCAGGCAGUGACCGUCAUCCAAGAAGAAUACGAAGAGUAUACUACCUCACUGGUGGAAAGCAACAAGUGUGUACGUCUUGCCACUGCCCUCUUCCCAGUGCUUAGCCUUCUAAAUCACUCAUGUGACCCAAACACCAGUGUGACUUUCCAGGGCAGAUGUGCCAUUGUUAAAGCUAGCCGACCAAUCAGGAAAGGAGAAGAGGUGGAGCACUGCUACGGACCACACAAAUUGCGAAUGGACCGUGCAGAAAGACGACAUUUACUAAAGGAUCAGUAUUUCUUCAUGUGCCAGUGUGAAGCUUGUAAACAAGAGCAAGGCUCUAAAGAUAACGCCUCCUGUGAUUUCUGUUGCCCGAAGUGCCAGGCCACACUAGAGGGUGAAGAUGAACUGCGCUGUGUCACUGGGUCCUGUGGUCAUUCCUUUAGCAGGGCCCAAGCUGUGCUCCGCCUGCAGAAUCUCCAGCAUCUUGUUCGUCUAGCCCGAGAACAGCUACAGGACAAUCACACUGAUGUAGCUAAAAGAAUGUUGUUGUCAUGUUUAUCGGAAGGCAGGCAAUUUCUCUCUCAGAAUCACAUGCUGUUUGGAGAGAUCUUUGAUCUACUGGCUCAGGCUGAGGCAUCAAAAGGUGACUGGGCUGCAGCAACAGGAUACCUUAGAAAGAGUGUUCACCUCGUGAGACAGCGUUAUGGUUCUUCCAGCUUAGAACUUGGACACGAACUCUUCAAACUGGCACAGAUUUUAUUCAACGGGCAGGAGGUAGCUGAUGCUAUGGACAUUAUUCUGAGAACCCAGCAUAUUCUCUCUUUGCACUAUGGACCGGACCAUAACCUACUGCAAGAGCUGCAGGAGAUGAAGACCUGUCUGCUACAGCUCCCUUGGAUGGGGGCUGCACUGGAGAAAUAAUUCUGGAGUUGUAUGUAGUGUAACUAUAGCUCUGGACAUGAAUCUACAACAUACAAUGUCAUGUCUUCUUGCAUUAUGUUCCUUGAAAUAAUCAUGGCCGAAUUAAGGCAGGGGCAGCCGUCCCAGUGCCGCUACAAUGUCCAUUGUCAAUUAGAGGAGUCUCCAUCCAGCGGCUCUGCUAUUUAGUAACAGCGGCUGCCGGGGAUGUUGGGGUUAGUGUCUCUUGUGGACAGGUGGGCAGCCAUGGUCAUGGGGGGGUUGGGUUUAGGGUCUCUUGCUGGCUGGCAGGGGUGUCCCUUGAGGGCAUCCAAAGGGAAGGUUAGUGUCUCAGGCGGGCAGCCGAGGGGGAGGGGCUGGGCUUUGCCAGCAAUGUAAGUAGAGGGGGCCUCCACAUCCUCCAUUGCCCUGGGCCCCUACCAGCCUUAAUCGGCCCUGGCAAUAAUCAAUACCUUUAUACUGCGAGUUGCCUCUGUCAGUACUUAGGAACCACCAGGACACUGUUGCAAUUUAUUUAGCUCUGUAGAGCAACUGCUAAGAACAUUCUUGACUAAUUAGACUUGUUACACUUUCUACAGAAGGUGACAUUCCCUUUGCAUGAAUUAUUUGAAUAAACUUGGCGGCUCCAA